UGCUAUCCCAACAGUGAUUUGCAGCACCUUGUGGUAGUGGGGCUAGUAAGUUACACUUGUAUUGUAUUACAGGUGAAAAAUCUACCAGGUUUGCAUGUGGGGAUUAAAUGAAUCUAGUUGGGUCAGGUGAAAAUUAGUACUCCAUACCAUGAAUUUGUCAGGAUUUUUUUUUCAAUUAAUGUAUAGUCCAAUAGCAUAUUCUUACAAGAAGGAAUUACGAAAAGAGGUGUUAACUUUGUUAAAAUAAAAACAGAUGGCGAUGUACUGCCAAAAAAAAAGGAAAAGCUUGUAUGUGAUGAAAAUCUACCCAGAAUGCGAACUGGAUCCUGCAGGUCAUGACUUAUAACUCAAAAUAUGGUACUCCCUCCGAUCCAAAAUAAGUGUCUCAGUUUUGAACUAAGCCUAGUUCAAGCCUAGUUCAAAACAGUGACACUUAUUUUUGAUCGGAGGUAGUAACAUUCUACCAUGGAGCUAUAUAUAAUUGAUUCCGUGCAGCUAUAGUCAAGCAGCCCUCUCAGCAUCUUGACUUUGUUAUCACUGUACUUGAGCUUGAAGCCUCCUUUACAUUAGUAAUUAGUCGGUUAGCAACACAUGAAUUUCUUAAUUUGGCCUUUUUUAUUGACUGUGUAAUGUCCUCUGUAUGAAAUUUCCUCACUUCAAAUAUAGUUUAUUCUUAAGCUUCCAAAGGAUGACUGAUGGAUGUGAUAUUAUCUGCAGGUGGUUGCGCUUGUGAAUCCUUCGCAUAAAUGUGCUUCUGAGUUUGAACGGUUGUGCCACAUGAACUUGCCGUGGGGGGUAAUUAGUUUGUUUGGUGUUUGGACUUUGGACUAUGGAGGGUGCUAUUGUGAGCUUGACCGAGGGUGCAGUGCAAGGCCUUCUCUGCAAGCUGGGCGGCCUCCUGGCGCAGGAGAGCUGGCCGGUGCAGCGGCUCCACGGCGAGGUCCAGUACAUCAAGGAUGAGCUGGAGAGCAUGAACGCCUUCCUCCAGAGCCUUGCCAGCUGCUUCACGUCGGAGCCCGGUGGCCACGUCGAUGAUCAGGUCAGGGUCUGGAUGAAGCAGGUUAGGGAGAUCGCAUACGAUGCCGAGGACUGCAUCGAUGACUUUGUCCGCGGCGACGCCAUGGCCUCCUCCCUCCGCAGCCGCUUCGUCCGUUCGCUCCUCGCCUCGCUAGGACCAGCUGGUGGCCGGCGCCACCGUCAUGUGGCGGUCCAGCUACAGGAGCUGAAGGCCCGCGCAAGAGACGCUGGCGAGCGGCGAUCCAGGUACGGGGUACUGCCUCCGCCGGCGCCGAGGACGGCACUCCGGCCGGGAUCGGGAUCUGGCAGCCAGCUGGACCCGCGGCUGCACGCGCUCUUCAGGGAGGAGGCCCAGCUGGUGGGCAUUGACGGGCCAAGGGACGAGCUGGUGGGGUGGGUGAUGGAUGAGGAGGCGCGGCUCCGGGUGCUCGCCAUCGUCGGCUUCGGCGGGCUCGGCAAGACCACGCUGGCCAGGAUGGUGUCCGGGAGCCCUCAGGUGAAGGGUGCCGACUUCCAAUACUGCUCCCCCCUGCUCAUCCUUUCGCAGACAUUGAACGUCAGGGCACUGUUCCAGCACAUGCUCAGGGAGCUCAACCAGCGUCCUCGCUUAGGCUUAGUUGCUGGAGGCCAGCAUGACGAUUCCAUUGCCAUGGAUGAUAACACUGGCCUGCACGGGAUGGAGAGCUGGGAAACUGCGUUGCUGGCAGAGAAACUCAGGCGCUACCUGCAGGACAAAAGGUACAUUGUGAUUCUCGAUGACAUAUGGACUUCAUCAGCAUGGGAGAACAUCAAAUGUGCCUUUCCUGACAAUGAAAAAGGAAGCAGGAUUAUAAUAACCACAAGGAAUGAGGAUGUUGCUAACAUCUGCUGCUGUCAUUCCCAAGAUCGGGUUUACAAAAUUCAACGCCUAUCUGAGAUGGCCUCGCAAGAGCUAUUUUUCAAGAGGAUCUUUGGCUUUGCGAAUGGAACACCAAACAAUGAGUUGGAAGAAGUUUCAAAUGCCAUACUGAAGAAAUGUGGAGGGUUACCUUUAGCAAUAGUUAGCAUUGGUAGCCUCCUCGCUAGCAAACCAAACAGAACCAAACAAGAGUGGCAGAAGGUCUGUGACAACUUGGGCUCUGAACUAGAAACAAAUCCUACUCUGGAAGGGACAAAGCAAGUCUUAACUUUGAGCUACAAUGAUCUGCCAUACCAUUUGAAGGCCUGCUUCUUGUAUCUAAGUAUCUUUCCUGAAAAUCAUGUGAUCAAGAGGGGACCUGUGGUGAGAAUGUGGAUAGCUGAAGGUUUCAUUACCCAAAAGCAUGGACUGAGCAUGGAGGAGGUUGCCGAAAGAUAUUUUGAUGAGUUCGUAACCAGAAGAAUGGUGCAUCCUAUGAAAAUUGAUUGGAGUGGCAAGGUGAGAAGCUGUAGAGUUCAUGAUAUAAUGGUCGAAGUCAUAAUGUCCAAGUCACUUGAGGAGAACUUUGCAUCCUACUUAUGUGACAACGGAAGCACGUUGGUUUCCCAUGACAAAAUCCGCCGCCUCUCCAUCCAGAGUAGCAGCAGCCACGCAGUGCAGAGAACAUGUGCUAAUGCUAGUGUAGCUCAUGUCCGCACAUUUAGAAUGUCACCUUCCUUGGAGGAAACCCCGUCCUUCUUUGCACAGCUGCGGUUGUUGAGAGUGUUGGACAUGCAAGGCAGCAGCUGCUUGAGUAAUAAGGAUCUGGACUGCAUCUGCAAAUUUUUCCAGCUGAAGUACCUAAGCUUGAGAAAUACGAGUAUUUCCAAAUUGCCAAGAUUAAUAGGGCGGCUAAAUCACUUGGAGACACUGGAUAUAAGAGAAACACUUGUCAAGAAGCUACCAAGUAGUGCCAGGAACCUGAUUUGUCUAAAGCAUUUAUUAGUGGGGCACAAGGUGCAACUUACCAGGACCGGCAGUGUGAAGUUCUUUAGAGUACAGUCGGGCCUAGAAAUGACACCUGGGGUUCUCAGGAAGAUGGCAUCACUGCAAUCAGUUGGCCAUAUAGAGAUUAAAAGGCACCCAUCAGUGUUUCAGGAGAUCAGCUUAUUACGGAACCUAAGGAAGCUUAAUGUUCUCUUCCGUGGGGUAGAGGUAAACUGGAAACCUUUUUUGGAGUUACUACGUAAGUUGCCCAGCUCUGUGCGCUCUCUUUCCAUUCAUAUCUUUGAUGGAGAGGGAAACAGCUCAUCCAUGGAAAUGCUAUCUUCGGUAGAGUCACCUCCCCUCUUGUUGACUAGCUUUAGCCUGACGGGCAAGCUGGAACGCUUGCCUCGUUGGGUAGCGUCACUCAGGAACGUCUCCACCCUUACUCUUCGAGACAGCGGACUCCGUGCUGAUGCCAUCGACGUCCUUGGUGACCUGCCAAACCUGCUCUGCCUCAAGCUAUAUCACAAAUCAUACGCUGAUAGCUGCCUUGUUUUCCCGCGGGGUAAAUUUGGCAGAGUCAAGCUGCUGAUUAUCGACAACCUGGAGAACAUCGACAAGGUGCAUUUCGAGGGAGGUUCGGUGCCACAUCUUGAGAGGCUUACAUUGUCAUUCCUGCGGGAACCUGAGGAAGGGAUCUCGGGUUUUGAGAAUCUCCUCAGGCUGAGGGAGAUAGAGUUCUUUGGUAACAUCAUAUUAUCUUUGGUGAAUAAAGUGGCGUCCUGCGUGAAGACACAUCCAAACUGUCCGAGAGUAAUUGGUGACAAAUGGAACAUUGUGACAGAAUAUGCUUAGCAAGCAAGUAAAGUGUGGUGUAUAUUUUUGGAUAAAGGGAGCUUUGUUGAAAGUUUGGUGCUAAUAUAUAAGUCCAUCGAAAGGUUAGGAGUUCGUACUGAAUGGCAUAGCUGAUGUACUUGGUUGGCAAAUAAAGCGGCGUCCUUCCAAGUAUAUAUUGUGGAUGUAGUCUUGUCCAUUUCAUCUGCACAUCAUGUUUAUGCUUCGCUUGAUUCUGUCUACUAGAUUAUUAUUUUUUGAGAAAAAUACUAGAUUUAUUUUUUUACA